ACAUGUGGUAAAUAGCAUAAAUGUGACGGGGAUAGAGAUAUUUUGAUAUGGACGGACAUGUUGGUGGAUACCAAAAGCUUGUCAAGAAACGUAAAAUGGAAGGAUUUUGUAGAGGAUGUUUAAUCAAAUACGACGAUCCUACGGAAAUUCUACACUACACUGAAAAGAACCGGAGACUUUAUUUAUAUUCCACAGGAUUGCAGGUAAAACGAAAUGAUAUAUUUCCAUUCCAACUUUGCAAAGACUGCUACAUCAACAUGAAGAUGGCAUGCAGGUUCAAAAAACUCUGUAGGACUUCAGAAAAGAAGAUUAAAAAUUACUUGGCAUUGAAAGAAACUGGUGAUGUUGAUGAUAUCUGUUCAUAUUUGAAGAACAAUGAUGAAGAUUUGUUAACUUUUAGAUUUCCCUUAUUGAGUGGAAAUAGUACUCCAGCACGGAGCACGAAAGAAGAUGACAACGAAUCAACCUGCACCAGUAUCCGUAACUUCAUGACUGAUAUUCUCCGUGCGGAUGAUAUACCGGAUACGGAAGCGCGCAUCAUACGAGAGGUAAUUGAAGAGGAGGCGGAUGUAUUGGAGGAAUCCCUAGACUCGCACUGGUUGCAGGACGAUGUGUCUAUUGACACUGAUUUUAAAUUGGACUUCAAUUACAGCCCGUUCACAUCACCGCGUAUAACCAAUGGCGAUCGUUAUACACCAAUAAAACAAUUAACAGAACAUUCUAACUCUGAAGUCAAAAACAGAGAAGGAAAGACUGCGAUAGAAAUUAAUCGAUGUCGUUUGGCUGUUAAAAAAAUUCUUCAAAAUACCGAGACAAGUGACUGUGCAAUUGAAGAUUAUCAUUCAAAAGAUGUUUCAGAAAUAAACCCAUUAUCAAUAGACACUGAAGAAAGAAUUAAAUUAGAAAAAGAGAAGAUACUUGCUGUCCAAAGUAUUCUUUAUGAAGAUAUUGAUAUAAAGGAAGAAAUUGCAGAAAAACCAAUUAACCAAAAUGACAGAAUAGUUACAAGAGAACUUACUCAAAUAGAAAAGGAUUUAGUAGAUAAUACUGAAGAAAAUAAUGUACAACAUUUAGGAUUUUAUACAGAAACCUCGACUGAAAAUGAUAACAAUGAAAUUGUCAGCAGUAAUACAGGAAAACAUGAUUAUACAAUAGAUAAAAAUUUAGAUGAGGCUUUAAAAGAUCAAGAAAUUAAGGAGUUUCCAUUGGACAACAUAUUACUAACUCCACAUGCACAACGUGUUGAUUCUGGUCCAUUAACACCUACAAUAAAAAGUAUUUUAUUUGGCGACAAUGUUUCAAGUCAAUGUAUAGAAAAUUUCAAUAACGUCGAGGGAAAUGAUGACGAUGAUGUUGAUAUAUUAGAAGAUUUCUUUAAACCAAAACGUUCAGAUGAUAACGAACCAAAGGUUAUCAAUAUUAAAAUGGAAUCAAUUGAAGAAUCUGAAAUGGAACCAACACAUAUACAAAACAAAAGGAAUGUUAAGAAAGAAGACGUGAAAUAUAAUCUUGACGACUUUAAAUGUUUGACAUGUGAUAAAAAAUUUCGGAAUAUUGGAGCUAUAAAAAUACAUCUUACUAAAAUACACAAGCUAGUACAAGGACGGCAAAGAGUUAAUAAAAAGGUGGAUGAAAUAUGUCUUGAAUGUGGUAGACAUUUCACUGAUUACGGUAAUUACAGCAGGCACAUAAAAAGACAUAAGAACAAAAAAGGAGAGCUUGAAUGCAGCCAUUGUUUACAAAAGUUUUCAUCAGAAAGCAAGCUGAAGAUGCACAUGAAUAUUCAUGGCGAAAAAACAAAAGUAAAACCAGCUAAAUACAUUUGCCCCACAUGCGGUGCAGCGUUCUCAACGGAACAUAAUCUUAAUGUUCAUAUAAAACGCCAUAAUGGCGAAUACAGAUUCCAUUGUCAGGAGUGUGACAAAAAAUUCUAUAGGUCAUCAGAUCUAACGAAUCAUAUGCGAGCUCACACGGGAGAAAAGCCGUUUGCAUGUCCGAAAUGUCCGUACCGAGCUGCCCGUCGCGAUACUAUUAGCAGGCACAUUAACCGGCAUAUAGAUGAAAGGCGUUUCAAAUGUGAAUUCUGCAAGUCUAGAUUCGUAAAUGCCAAAGAUCUGAAAGUUCACCACGACAGAGCUAAACAAUGUAGGAAAAAACAAAUGCACAUGGCUCUUAUAGCGAACAAUAAACCAAACGACUUUUUAGUUGAAGAAAUUAGAGGUAUUGUUAUACAUAAUGGAAAUGUGGAGAAUACAAGAGACGUAAGAGGACAAAUAGAGAAAAUAAGAGAGGAAAACGAAGUUACUGAAGAAUGUAAGAUUACGGAUUUAAUGUCGAUUCCUACAAUUGAAGAAAAUGAUUCUGAUGGAAAUGUAGAGAAUUCAAGAGACAAAAUAGAGGAUGUAAGAGUACAAAUAGAGAAAAUAAGAGAGGAAACAGAAAAAAUCAAAGAAACGGAAGUUACUGAAGAAUGUAAGAUUACAGAUUUAAUGUCCAUUCCUACAAUUGAAGAAAAUGAUUCUGAUUUGGAAUUACCUGAAGAAAGCAGUACUACCGAUUUACAGGAAGAAAUAAGCCAAAUAAUCAGCCCUGUAAUGUAGGUCAGUGAGCGAAAAUCAAGAAAUUAUGAGAUAGAUUGUGAAAACACAUUUUGUUAACUGCUGAAUUAGCUACGAAUAAAAUGUAUUGUAAUGUAUGACACUUUUCUUAUGGUUGCUCUUCAUGAUCAAAAUCAAAAAUAAGGAUAAUAGCGGCUUAAAAAUAAUCUUUCAUUGAUUGCCGGGGUCCGAUACAUGCAGAUAUUAAAUUUCACGAAUAAAACAAAACUUUAGAAACAACAACACUUGAUCAUUUAUUUCAAUGACUAAGUAAUUCAAAUAACUAUAAAAAAAACAGAAUAGAACUGCAUGAUUUCUUCGUGA